CAGCUCUGUGAGCAAAUAGACGAUUGCCUCAGUCUGGUGUUGCACUCCUGGUGAGGGCGGGCCGUUUAGCUGUUUAAUCUACUUGCUUGCACUCCAGUCGCUGAUGGCAUCUAUACAAAGUAUCAAGGAUGCAGCCGGCGCCCCUGGCGGAGCGUCGGCGCCGGCCCCUGGCGACCCCGCGCAGCUCGCGCAGCAGCUCAAGGCGCAGCUGCUGCCUGCCGACAAAGUCCUGAGCAAGAACCAAAAGAAAAAGGCGCGGAAGAAGGUUACCAAGCUGGUUCAGAAGACCUUUGGGGUGACAACGCGGCCCAGCGGCGGCGGUGGCGGCGGCGGCGCCGGCGGCUGUAGCGAUGACUUCGACGGACUGCCCUCGCCCAGCAAUGACACCGGCUGUAGCAACCGCGCCGGCAACGGCACGCAACAGCCCUACCCGGGUGCGGCUACUGCCAAUGGCGGCGGCGGCCGAGGCGGCGGCGGCGCGGCGUCUACUGCCGCCUGCACCAGCCCGGGCCGCCACCGGCAAAGUCGCGGAGGGCUGGCUCAUGCGCCGGCGGCUGGGAACGGCGGUGGCGCGGGCGUGGCGGCGGCGGCGGCCGCAGCAGCAGCAAACACAUCGGGACAACAGCAGCAGCAGCAACAGCAACAGCAGCAGCCGGCAGCGAAACGGCGGAGGCUGGGAGCCGGUGCCAGCCUCGGCAGUGGCGGUGGCGGCGUAGCAUUGUCUGGUGGCGGCAGUAGCGGUAUGACGAUGAGCCGCAGCGCCCAAAAGCGACUGGCGGCGCGACAGGCGCAUCCGGAUGACCUCCUGACGGCCGACGGCGACGGCGGUACGGCCGACGGCGGUACGGCUGACGGCGGUACGGCUGACGGCGGCGCCGCCGGCGGCAGCGUAGCUGACGGCAGUGUUGGCGGCGGCAGCGGCGCCGGGCGCAAGCGCAAGUGGCGCGAGCGGCAUGGCGGCGGCGGCGGCGGCGGUGGAGGUGGCGGCGGCGGCGGCGGCGGAGGUGGGAUGGGGGUAGCGGCGGCGAGUGAGGAGGUGGUCCAGGCGUGGCCGCGGCAGCACGCUGGAGGUACGGCAGCGGCGGCGGUGGCGGCCGCCGCCGCGGCGGCGGCAGUACUCAACCGCUCCUACCCAGCUACCAGCACCUUCCUUCCGCCGCCGCUGAGCGUGCCUGGGCUCGUGCCGUCGGCGGCGCCGUCGAUGGCAGCGGCUACGGCGGCGGCGGCGGCGGCGGCGGCGGCGGGAGCACGAGCGGCGGGAUCGGCGGCAGUGGCGGCCGGCGGGCUGGGGACGCGAGCGGCGGGCGUUACUGGGCUGGCGGCGGCGGCGGCGGCGGCUGUGGGGGCGGCUGGGAGGGGCGAUCUGUCUGCGGCGCUGCUGAUGAUGCGCGUGCAGCUGCGUGCGGCGUCAGGCGGCGGCGUGGGUGGCGGCGGCGGCGGCGGGCCGGUGCUGGUGUCUGCAACUGACGUGGAGCGGGCGGAGGUGGUUGUGACGGGAACGGGUGGGGCCGAUGGCGGCGGCGGCGGCGGCGGCGGCGGCGCUCUAGUUGCGGCGGCAGCAGGGGCAGAGGGCGUGACGGCGGCGGCUGCGGCCGCGGUGGCGGCGGCGGCGGCGGCCAUACCCAACCGCGGCAAACGUGCUAACAUGAAGGCCGGUGGCGGGCCCAACAACCCAACCGCCGCCGCGGCGGCGGCUGCCAACCGGCCGCCACGGGCGGAGACCAACCGUUACGGCAACUACCACCGUUACUACGGCUACCGUCUGGGUGCGGAGCUAGACGAGGACCCACGCGUCAAGCUGAUGCAGAGGGAGUGGUUCCAGGGUCGCGUGUGUGUGGACGUUGGCUGCAACGAGGGGCUCGUGACGCUGGCCGUGGCGGCGCGCUUUGGCACACGCCGGAUGACCGGGUACGACAUCGACGGCGCGUUGAUCAAGAAGGCGUGCAGGCACCUGCGCACCAUGCGCUCCGAGUACACGGACCUGCUGCGAGCCAAGACGCUGCCAGGCGGCGGCAGCGGCGGCGGCGGUGGCGGCGGCGGCGGCGGCGGGUGGCAACACAGCUCGGAAGGGCAGCAGGAGCAGGAGGCAGGGCAGGAGCACGGGGAGGAGGAGGAGGAGCAGGGGCAGGGGCGAGGGGAGGAGGCGGGAGAGGAGGAGGCAGGAGAGGAGGAGGCGGGAGAGGAGGAGGAGGAGGAGGAGGCGGAGGAGAAGCACGGGGACGGCGCUGCCGCCGCUGGCGACGCCGACACAGGGCAAGGCACCAGCAGCGCCGCCGCCGCCGCACCAGCCGGCGGCGGCGGUAGCAGUAGCAGCGGUGCAGGCGCAGCAGCAGGCACUGCUGCAGGCGGCGGCGGCGGCAGUAGCAGUGGCGGCGGCGGCGGUGGCGGCGGCAGUAGCAGCGGCAGCCGGUUUCUGGGCUCGGGUCCGGCGCCGGAGCGAGUGGGCUUGUUGCGGUCCUAUGUGAAGGCCCUGGCGGGAACGACCUUUGUGCACCAGGACUGGGCAAGCGCGCGCGGCAGGCCGGAGAGCGCCGACGUGAUCCUGUGCCUGUCGGUCACCAAGUGGGUUCACCUCAACAAUGGAGACGAGGGACUCAAGAAGAUGUUCCGCAAGUGCCACGAGAUUCUGACGCCCGGUGGUCGGCUGCUGCUGGAGCCGCAGCCCUGGAAGUCGUACAAGCGGGCUGUGAGCAAGAGCACCACCCACGGAGUGCCGUACCGGCGCAUUGAGCAGCUGCUGGCGCUGAGGCCCGAGGGGUUCGUGGACUUCCUCACAAAGCAGGUGGGCUUCGAGCUGGAGGCCACACUCAACCAGGGCGGCGGCGCCGGAUUUGAUCGCCCCCUGCACGUGCUGCGCAAGCCGCCGCUGCCCCCCACAGCCUAGCCGCCGCUGCCCCCCACAGCCUAGCCGCCGCCGCCGCUGCUGCAGCCGGCCUAUCCGGGAGGAGUGCCGCCGCUACUGCCCCCCAGGCCUGAGGUGGCUGGCGGUUGGCGGUUUGGCGGUGGCUCAGAGGCUGGCGGUUGGUGGCGGUUGGUGGCGCGGCACUUCCGCAAGCCCGCUACACAAGCCGCCGCACCUCCGAGUGGCCCAGUCUAGCCGGGGCCGCUGCGCAAGCCGCCGCCGCCGCUGCCCCAGGCGGCGGAGUGGCGGAGCGGUGAUGCGGCUUUUGGCAGCGGAUUGGCGGAGCGGCGAUGCAGCGUUGGGCGGCGCAGCGGCGCUAGCUUGCGGAUUUGGUGGCGACUGCGUGUGGGUGGGUGGGUAUGCGGACCUUCCGCUGCAGAGUCCAGACCUGUAUCGCGGUGCCAGCAGGGAAGCUGCGCCCUUGCCAGCAAAGGGCACGGUCUGCAUCGCUUGCGGCGCUGUCGGCUGACGGCUGGCGGCUGGCGGCGGCUGGCGACUGGCAGCGGAGUAUGUAGCUGGCGGCGACUGGCGGCGGCUGGCGGCGAUUGACGGCGACUGGCGGCGACUGCUGGCGGCGACUGGCAGCGAUUGGCGGCGACUGGUGGCGACUGGCAGCGCAGGCAGCUAGUUGGCGGCGACUGGCAGCUAGUUGGCGGCAGGCAUUGCGCCCGCGUCUCCGGCAUCGCGGCCGACUGCGUGCGGUGCAGCCGGAGCGCGGCACGGACCUGCGCGGUGUCGGUCUGUGUGGUGGCGGGGCCUGUCUGGUUGACAGCGGGGCCUGUCUGUGUGGCAGCGGUGCAUGUAUGCUUGCGGGAACUAUAGCGGCAUAACGCCGGAUGCAUCACGCGAUUGUGUCGUCAUCAGGGGCAUUGCGCGGGAAUGCCUGGUGAUUCGUUUUUAUGCCAAUGGUGGAUGUCAACGGUGGAUGUAGUGACACGAUGGCAGGGAAUCCCCCAGCGCAAGUGCUAGCUGUUGUGUGGCGUAUGCAUGCAGCUGGCUGCAGGAGUAGAGGGGUAGCUGCCAGUGAGUUGCUUGAUUGGGCCCGAUGAAUGGGCGGCUGUCAGUUGUCGUGACAAAGUGAAAUAACUCCGUAAGUACAUACGAGCAAGGCGUUGGUGUUCCGAGCGCGACCAAUGAGCGAUUGGUGUGGAGCGCGACCAAUGAGCGAUGGCCGAUGGGACAGAACGCCGAGACAGGGCACGGGAAGCAUGUGCGCGGCUGAGUCCCGAGAAACAAGUUACGCCCAGCCCAAGUGCUGUUGAUGUACGGUACAUGGACAUA